UUCCAUAUACCCUUAGGUAAUACGCGUCUCUGCAGAGUAAGAGAUUUGAUGGCAACGGCCAUUAGUAGCCUGUUUUGGAUCAGGCUCUGGAGUGGACGCCCCUAGCUGCGGGGUCCUCUGUGCAGUUGGAGACCUACGGAAGAUGGUAGCGAUGGCGGCUGGGCCUGGUGGAUGGCUGGGGCCGGCGUUUGGGCUGCGGUUGCUCUUGGCGGCUGUACUUCAAGCGGUGUGUGCACUUGGGGCAGAGUUUUCAUCGGAGGCUUGCAGAGAGUUGGGCUUCUCCAGCAACUUACUCUGCAGCUCUUGUGAUCUUCUUGGACAGUUUAACCUGCUUCAGCUGGAUCCUGACUGUAGAGGAUGCUGUCAGGAAGAAGCACAACUUGAAACAAAAAAGCUUUAUGCAGGUGCUAUCCUUGAAGUUUGUGGAUGAAAAUUGGGGAGGUUCCCUCAAGUCCAAGCUUUCGUCAGGAGUGAUAAACCCAAACUAUUCAGAGGACUACAAAUCAAGUAUGUUCGUGGUUCAGACCCUGUAUUAAAGCUUUUGGACGACAAUGGGAACAUUGCUGAAGAACUAAGCAUCCUCAAGUGGAACACAGACAGUGUAGAGGAAUUCCUGAGUGAAAAGUUGGAACGCAUAUAAAUCUUGCUUCAAUUUUGUCCUAUCCUUUUGUGACUUUAUCAAAUGAAAUAUUAUAGUACCUAGAGAAUAUUGUAGUUUUGCUUCCUUCUCUUUUUCCGUGAGGCAUUAAACAUCUAAUUAACAGUUGAAGUGGCAGCACAGCUCACGUUACCCAGGGAUUUGGCACGCUUAACAAAACUCAUUUUUAAUAAAGUUCCAUCCUCCUAUAGUUGUUGGGACCACUAACAAAAUGCUUUGUAAUAGACCUGUGGUCAAUUAGGCAAAUGAUGGUUUGUAAUAAUUGGUCCAGUUUUACAAAGGACAGAUUUUUAAAUCAGGGAGGUUAAUAAGGGAGAGGAUUGCUGUGCCUCAUCCAUGCACUGUGUGCUCUUUGAAAGUAAUAACAAAAAACUACAAAGCAAAUAAGACUGAGCCUCAACAGAUUGCCUGAUUCUCAGAUUCUCUCAUAUUUUUGUAAUACCCAGCUUUCCUUUGAAUAGAAAUGUUAUAGUUUAUAAUGAAUGUGUUGCGUUAAAACUUUAUGGCUUCAUUAUUGUAAAACAGAUUCAAGAUCUACAGUAAGAGGGAAGCAUUCACAACGAUUUGCAUUAAUGAAGACUACACAGAAAACCUUCAUGAGGAUUUGUGUGGAUCUGAUGAUAUUUAGCAAAUUUUUGUGCUUUACCUUCUUACAGAAAAGCCAAUUUAGAAAUGAUCAUUUUUAAGACCAAAAUAUAAAUAAAGUUUCAAAAAUCAAUGAGAA